AUGCCUUUUGGAUUGAAGAAUGCGCCGUUAAUUUAUCUGAGCAUCAUCAGCAACUGUCUGUGGGAAUUUGUCCGUCUACCACCUGAAGAGGAAGCGAUGGUUGACUCAGAAGUUCUGGAAUUCCUGAAUCUCGAGCCUCAAGAAGCUCUGGAACCUGAAGUAGAUAUGCGGGACUCAGAGAUUCCUUCAUUGGACGUGACUUUAUUCCGACGCAAUAUCCCGACUCCAUCACAAAUGGGCCCGGUCUUAGGAAGAAGCUUGUAUAUUGACGAUAUCGCUCAUGGGGCGUCGACCUGGGACCAACUAUGUGAGGACCUGGACGCGCUGUUGUACAGACUACGAUACUGGAAUAUCUCUGUGAGCUUACCGAAAAGCGAAUUCGAAAAGUUGACUAUCCCAUUCCUUUCUCAUGAAGUGAGUGUGGACGGAAUCAGAGCCUUGCCGAAGAUUGUCAAAGGCAUAGAGGACUUACCUUUCCCGUCGACGUACAAGGGAGUGCAGUCCUUCUUAGGAAGUCUGAAUUAUUACAACAAGUUUAUUGAAGCCUUACCAGUAGUUGCCGCUGUGCUCUACGAAGAACGUGUACGCGCUGGACGGAACCUGGAAGCCGCAAAGGAAUCUUUCGAGAUACUGAAACGUAAGAUCGUGUCGACCCCGUUGCUGCGACAUCCAGAUACAACCAAGCCUUUCGUGAUUAUCCCGCAUGCUAAUCCGUGGUCGGCGUGUGCAGUUCUGGGUCAGGAGCAUGAAGGACUCAUACAUACAGAAUCAGAGUUACGUUACCACAUAGCUGAGAAGGAGGUGCUCGCAAUCUUGCGGACUCUGGAGGUUUUCAGACCUCUGAUCCAUGGAUCAGAAUUCCCAGUUGUGGUGUAUACGCGCUACUCUGUUGUGAAAGCUGAAGGACACAUCCUUGAAGGUGUGACGGUCAACGAUGCUGAAUACCAUGGUUUGAUUCUGGGAUUAAUGCUCGCUAUGAAGUAUGAUCUCAAGGAUCUUGUGGGGGUCGGUGAUUCCCGAAUCGUCGUCCAACAGGCUCAUGGACUGAUUAAUUGCUACCAGCCCAACCUGCAACGACGCUUAGCUGAGUAUGAGGAUCUCAGGAAGAAUUUUGUGUCGGUUAAAUUAAUUCAUGUUAAACGUGAAUUUAACCAAGCGGCCGACUACUUGACCUCUAAGACUCUCGUUCACCAAGACGAAGACUUGUGGAUCCAGCAAAUGAAGAAGGUCCUAAGAGGAGACGUGUCAGACCUUCCCCGGAAUCAGGUAAAGAAGAUUGCAAAGAUCUCUGAUCAGUUUGUGUUGGAUUCGCGAGAAGUCCUCUGCAGGCUGAGCACACCCACUGCUGAGAGACCUCGCAACAAACAGUCGGAACUCAGGUUGGUAGUCCCAGAGACUUUGCGUGCCGACAUGUUACACUACUCGCAAGAAGACUUUCAAGGCGGCCACCAAGGAAUCAAACAGGGCGUUUGA